ACAAUACGACCUGAGAGCAGUAAACUUUCAGAUGUGCGUAGAGGUGCACGUUUUUAGUAUUUAUCAAUUUCAUGUCUUGAAUUAUUAAAUUAUUGCUCCUUCUCGUUAAAAUAUGCUUUAUUUAUCGUCAAAAUAAUGAAUUCGUUAUACAUCGAUAAUAGUUCAAUUCGCGAUAUUUUAAAUCUCAAUGGCGCGUAUCGUAAUCGAAGUGAUUUAAAUAUUCGGUUAGAGCAACGAGAGGACCUCGACUCGCCGACAUUUGAUUAGAUUGUGUUUGUUGGUUCGCGGAAAACUUCAUUUUUACCUUCUUAUUUAUAAUUAUCGUUUCGUUUUGAAGUUGUGCUUGUGUGCUGACCGGUUAAUUAGAUUUUCAAUCACUUGAUAAAAAAAAAAAGUAUAAAGAUAAUUCGUAUCGUAAACUGCGGGAUGUUAAUUCGAGUUUUCGGUUGCAUGUUAUUCGCUGUACAAAAGUUGUGCUUAUCGUGUUAAUUAUUCGUCUUAGUUAAAGUCUGCUAAUUUUUGUGCAUUCUUUCUUUUACGCGAAUUCAUUUUUGUUCAAGUUUUUUGUUCAUUAUUGUGACAACACUCGAUUUUAAAAUCAACUUGAGCGUAUGUGUUUACAAAGUUAUCUUUCUGCUUGCAACGGAAUUUCAGUAUUGUAAACAUAAUGGAAUCAAAUGUGGAACGAGAGUGUACCAUUUUGGGUGGCAUUUUUCAACAGAUUAUUAAUGAUAUGAAGAAUGGUACCCCGUUAUGGGAAGAUUUAAUAUCGAAAGCUACCAAAUUGCAAGCAUGUCUCAGGGCAACUAUCCAGGCGAUUGCCGCUUUCUUGGAUGCGUUCCAGAAGAUCGCGGAUGCGGCCACCAAUACCAGAGGAGCGACAAAAGAAAUAGGUACCGCUCUGACGAGGAUUUGUUUACGUCAUCGUGCGGUCGAAGCGAAAAUGAAGACUUUCACUAGCGCAAUUACCGAAUGUUUAGUCGCUCCGUUACAAGAAAAAUUAGAAGAUUGGAAAAAGACUGUGGUUAACAUUGAUAAAGAACAUGCCAAAGACUACAAAAAAGCCAGAUCCGAAUUGAAAAAACGCUCAACGGAUACGUUACGGUUACAAAAGAAAGCUCGUAAAAGCGGAAGAGCGGACGAUUUACAAAAGGCAUUAUUGGAAGUUUCGGAGAAAAAAUCAGUACUCGAAGAAACGGAGAAAAAAGCAGUACGCGAAGCUUUAAUAGAAGAAAGAAGUCGAUAUUGUUUAUUUGUUACCUUUCUGAAACCAGUCGUCGAUGAAGAGAUCUCAAUGUUAUCAGAAUUAUCGCACCUUGAGGAAGCUAUGGAUCAGCUGGAGAAACAUACGAGUGACCCAUAUUCAUUACCACCUGCUUCGGAACAGGUUUUAACCGAUUUAAAAUGCACCGAUGCAUCGUGGACGUUCCAAAGUCCACCUCCAAGUAGUCCUAGUUCUAUUGGUUCUCGUAAAUCUAGCAUGUGCAGUAUAAGCUCGCUAAAUAGCUCGUCUAGCGGAAGCAGUAAAUCUCAUCAUUCGCCCAAUCACAUGUACUGGAAUCGAUCAUCAUCUCAACGUUAUCAUCCCCCGCAAUUGAAUGGAACACAUCGCUUAUGUAGCGUUUCUUCACAAGAUUCCGGUUUCACAUCACAAGAUACAUUAUGUAUUAGGAAUUCAACGGCGUCGUUUUUUCAGCAACAAGUAUCCGAUAUGAUGGAAGAAAAUAUCGGAUCUAGUACAGAAUCGGCGACUAGUUUAGCAGCACCGACGGCAACAUGGCCCAAUUUACAAGAUACGUUGCAAUUUGAAAAAGCAGCCUCGGCUAUACUCAACGAUAGACCUCAUACGAUUUCAUCAGCGUACGAAAAAGGCCAUCAAAGGCCAGCGUUGAGCGUAUAUACAUUCCAAAUGCCGGAUAGUUGUCAUUCACAGCCUUGUAGCCCUUCUGGAGUAUCUAGUUGUGGCGAUACAACUCCGGUUGUUUCUCCACAAGCAGUUUAUGCUACUGCUGUUUCAGACUGUUCGUCGACGACAGCUAUGGCUGCUACAGGUGUCGCAUCCAGUACGCCUAUAUACGCAAGGCCUCCGUUACCUCAGCGUGGCUCAUCUCUAGAAAGACCCUCGGUGCCGGGUAAAUUAUCUAAUGCGAAUUGCGAUGGCAAUGCGCGCGAUUAUCAUUACAGAAAUUCGGGUGAUCGAAUUACUCAACCGACCUAUGUAAAUAUGUACGAAUUAGCUACGAUGGCCGCUUCAAAAGCCCAAGAACAUUUCCCUCCGCCUCCGCCAGAAGACUGUGUACCUAAUGAGAAUAGUUUCCAUAAUGAAAAACAUGAAAAUGUAGAAAAAGAGAGCAGCGCUAGUGAAAGUUCUCUAGAGUCAUCGAGUGGAUAUGGUAGUCAGUCCGGUAUGUCAGGUGCAACGCCGACCCCUGAAUUUGAUAACGGACAUCACGAAGAUUUGUAUGGCACAAAAAAUUCGACUAGUUCGUUCAUAAACGAGGCUGCACUUUUUAGCUUAGAACCUAGAUCAAGACUUUCGACUGCUUCAACAGGAUACUGUACCAUAAAAAGCGGCACAUUAUCGCGGCGUGGUUCGGUGCAAACGCCCAAACCUCCUCCACCAGUCCGUCGCACCUCUUCGAUAUUGAACACUUCUCGUCCAAAUAUAUCCCGCAACAGUAACAACGGAAGCAUGGAGAAUCUUCCACCACCGCCGGCAUUCUUACUAGAGAACACUUCGAAUAUACAGACUUGCGAGCCUGAUAAGAAAAACGUAGCCAACAGUAUCGCAGCGGAAUUACAAAAACGAAAUAUCACCAUGUCGACAUUCACCGAUCAAUUGAAAUCAGCGACUGCCCAGCGUAUCUACGCGACGCCGAUGGAUCACCAUAGACGUUCGAUUACCACGAUAUACGCGGCCAGCACCAAUGUGAAUAUGAAUACCAUGUCGACUUGUAUGUCGCCGAAAAUCGGUUCGACGAGCGAUCUGUCGGCUGACAAAUCGGAUAAGCAGAUCGAGAUCGAAAAACAUAGCGGUAUCAGCGUCGCCGAGACGGUACGCACGUUAACGGAGAUGAAUCAUCAACCAGCUAGUCCGGUCUCCGUAAGACGCACGUCCAGCAUACGUUCGACGAGCGCCGAUCGAAGGCCCGAGUCUAAUUUGAUCGCUGCGCUAAGUGCGCGUAUCACUCCGACUCUGAGUCCGCGAAAUUCGCGUAAACAUUAUCAAGAACCUGCUAAAAUGAUGACCGUUCCUAGGGCGAACCGAGUCAGACAAUGGAUCGCAUCGAGGACCGUACCAGAUCCUACGCUGUGCCGAGCCUCUUUAAUGGAUCAAAUUAAAAAAGGCGCUCAUCUCAGGCCUACCGGAAUGAUCAACGAUCGAUCAGCCCCCAAGACUAAUUAACACGCUGACAUAGAGGUGCUUAUCUGCUCAGUGUUCAUAUCCCCAUGACGGUGAAAUGCUCAAUGGCAAUGUUUCUACAUACAUACGAGAAGAAAAUCACGUCGAUUUUUUCCAGCGCAAUUACUAUCUACGAGUUCCAAUUACAUACUAGAUAUUCUAAGUCGAGAUUCCCAGUCGUAUUUUUAUUUUUCUUGUUUCCUCGUGUAUUCUUAACGCUUCGUAUGUAUUUGAUUUGUUUCUUCUUUAUGUUCGUUUGUCUUUUAAGAUUCUCGUUAUAUUUCUUUUUUUCCAUUCGUAGACAUCUUUUUUCUUUUCCUCUUUGUCAUCCUUUUGGUGUUCUAUUGGCUCAUUCGGUGCUGAAUUUUAAAUCGAAUGGGUUCUGUUUGUUUUGUUUUUUUUUCUCUCUCUAAAUUAACGUGGUUAAAUUGCUAUUUAUGUUCACGUAAACACGAACAACUUAUAUUAUUAUUUCACGAUAUAAAAUUUAUUCUAAGAUACUGACCCCCUACUUGUUUACUCGAAGCCAAAUUAUAGCGACUAAAUUAUUAUUUUUUUUUUACAUCGGAUUAUCGUGAAUAAUUAGUACAUAUUAUUUCGAACGAGUGUUUUUUGUUGUUUUUUUGCCGAUCUUUUGUACGUGUGGAUUUCAAUAUGAAUUAUUGUAAUGCAAAGUAGCUCGUGCUCGUGUAUUUUCCUUUACAAUGUGUUUCUGGUUUUUAUGUAGAAUUUGAUUUUUAAAUUUUUUUCUUUGUUUUUUUUUCCUUUGAAUAAGUCAUUGUAAAAAUUUUAUUCGAUAUUAUUUAAUUUUUUUCCCGCGUUUUGUAACGAUUAAGGAGUAACUCGUUCGUAACUAAAAUUAUUUUAUUUUCUUAAUGUUAAAUGUUUAUGUAAAUCAUUGUUAUCGAUAAUAUUAUAAUCACUUGCAUAAAUUAAAUUUUUUCUAAACUGUUA